UCAACUUUCACUCUUGCCAUGACCACUUCCAAAAAUAAUUGUUUAUGUUAUUGUUUACAUUCCUCGUUUGCGGUCUCAGAAAUGUUAUAAAACUAACAAUUUUGAAAAUAUGGAGGAACUCCUCACCUCUUCUUGUUGCAUCUGCGUGAGCAAACUCGAUGAGUUAUCGACUUUAGACACCCUCGAUUCAAACAACGUUAGGUACAUUAAAAAGUUAGUCUUAUGUGUCCCCAAUGAGACCUGGGAAUCUUAUUAUAAAAUAUGUUAUUUAUGCAUCGCCCAAUUGGACAUAACCUAUGAUUUUGUCCAGUGUUGCGUUGAAAGCGAGAAAUUCAGACAAAAAGAGCCUGAUAAUUUCAGUCAAACGUUGGGGUUUAAGUGUGACGAGUGUGGCAAAACGUUCAGGCAAAAAAAGCGUUUGGUGCAACAUAUUACCACGUUGCACAUGAGACAACAAAACGGCAAAAGUAAGUUGAAACUCGAAGAAGAAAUAUCUAAUGAACAUGUUAGUCUCGAAGUAGAACAAAAAGAGGAACAAGAAGCCCUGAUUGAAACUGAGAGUAUUAAAUUAGACCCAUACUGUGAUGAUGUGUGGAAUGAUGAUGACGAUUAUGAGGACAAAGAUUUCAAUGAUUAUGUUAAGCCUGAACUUGAUAAUGAAAUCAAGGGAAAAAAGGAGAUUUCACCUAAAAGAGAACCGUGCAAAUGCACUUUUUGUGAUGAGAUAUUUAAGACUAAACAGGAGUGGGUGCAGCAUGUCAGGACCGAACAUGCCUCAAAAAAGCCCUUUGCUUGUGAGCAGUGUGACGCCAGCUACUUAAACAAAUACAGUCUCCAAAUCCACAUGAGGAAACACACCAACGAGAAACCGUUCGUCUGCGCCACGUGCGGUAAAAGUUUCAACUCGUCGGCGAGCCUGAAUCACCACGCGAAAAUCCACACGGGCACGCGUCCGUACGCGUGUCCCCAAUGCGAUCGCAGCUUUAAAACGCACAACAAUUUACGGACGCACCGGUUACAGGUGCACCAGGACCGUACCGAGUGGCAGUUUUUCUGCGAUCUGUGCGACAAAAAGUUCCCGUUGCAGAGCAACUUGAGGAAACAUUUGAAACGACACGCGGGCAUCAAGGAGUUCGCCUGUCACAUUUGCGGCAAGUUGUUCGUCAAUAAGGCUGAACUUAUACCUCAUCUGAACACUCACAGUAAUCAGAGGUUGUUCAAGUGUAGCCUGUGCGAUCAUAAGGAUUAUAAGAACAGGGAGGGCCUCAGGAGGCAUAUGAAGGUGGUGCACGAUCAGGGAAAUUGGAAGGCCCCAAAGUUGGAAAAGAAAUAUUGUUGCGCCAUGUGCCCUAAAGUGUUUGCCUUCAGUAAUAAGCUGCAGAGGCAUAUCUUCACGCACACGGGAGAGAAGCCUUAUUCAUGCGACUAUUGCCAGAAGAGGUUCAUUGAUAAAUACACUUUGAAGGUGCAUCUGAAAAAGGACCAUAACAUGGACUUAUUUGAAUAAUAGUUCAUAAUGUUUUUUUUUACAGCAAUUUUACUCCAUAAAAUAGCUCUGGAAAGAGUUGCGAACCAAAGUCUUGUGAAUGUUUGUUUUUCUCUAUUUAAGUCUGAUUUUAUACUGUGAAUUGUAUUUUUACUCUUGAAUCUCAUCUUUUUAAGUAUUAUUUUUUUAAUAAUAAAA